CAUCAUUUUUCAUUCGUAGGCAUAUGCAGAUGAUUGCAGGUGGUGGUGGCAACAGAGGCUAAAAAGUUGAAAAGGACCAUGAGAUCGAUGGAAAAAUACUUUGGAAGAAGACGGCAAAGUGAGAAGUGGCGAUGUUUUUUACUAACGGUAACGGGGUGAGGGGUCAUAUUAGGCAGAAAGUUAGAAAGGCAUGUAGAUUAUUAGGACUGAUAUAGAGUCGGGGGAAACCAAUAUUUGGAAAAAAUUGAUGCAGACGGAAAAUAAUGUUUGAUGGAUUGGUGGAUAAUGUAUGGAGCGGAAAUACAUAUAGAGGGGUGGAAGAAAUACAAGAUUGUAGAAAAGAUCCAGGAAAGAUAUUGGAAGUGAGAGAGGAGUUGAAGCUGGACAAGAUGAGGCUGGAAGCAGGCAGAAGGGCGAUAAAGUACAAAGAUGGGAAAGCAAAAUCGAAUUUUCAACCAAUAAAAUACUUUGUCAUUAGUCAUUAUAAACAAGAAAGUAAAAAUAACUAAAUAUUUAAUAGGAGUCUAACGAAACAAAUUUAUUUCAUUAUCCAUGGCAACACACUAAAAGCAUAAUAAAAGUUUGAUCAAUUCAAAUCCUAAAUCUACCAAAACUCAACCUAAACAAAUAAAAUAUUUGUCCGUUAAAUUUUUCUUAUAUUAGAAAACCCAGCAAAUUUUGAUAAAAAUAUGGAUAACAUAUUAAUGGCAAGUGAAAUAGACUUUUACAUUGACACUAUGAAACCAACAAAUCUUGACGAAAUAGGAACCAAACCGUUCUUGGAUUGGCAUCAACGUCUACAAAAAAUAAACCAACAAGCAGUAAUAGAAGCGUCAUCAUUAAAAGAAGAAUAUGUUAAAGAAGUUUUGGUUUCAAUGCAAAAGGUAAACGUUCUUGUCCAUGAAGCCGUUUUAAUAAGCGUAUGGAAAACAAAAAUUCUUCCACUACUUUUAUGUUUAAAUCCACAACCAGAAAACACUUUUCUUGCUUAUACGAUUUUAUUUCACGAAGCAGUUAGCGUGGCUCUUAUCGAACUCACAAUGUUCCAUCCAAGCACACCGGAAAGCUUAGGAGAUAUCGCAGCUGAUUUACUUAGUUAUGCCUACGAUUCAGUAGCUCAACUUCUUGUAAUCGAUCACAAUGAUGAUUUACCACAUGAAAAAGCUGAAAUUGAAUUGAGAAGACAGCAAGAUGAUUUAGCUUUUGGUAUAGGAAUACGUUGCUUGAGUAUUUUAAGAUAUAUUGCUGAACAUUCAGAUAGAUUAACUUAUGGCAUAAUUGAUAGGUUAUUAAAUGUGCAUGAUGUACCCGUACUUUUGAUUGAAGUUUUACUACACCACCCAUGGCAUCAAAAUGGACUAUUAUAUAAAAAUAAUCAAUGGAUAAAGUGGGAUGGUGAGGGUUUACCACAAUGUGAAGCUCAAAUUUGGUUAGCUUUACACCAAGUUCUUUUAAAUCCCAAUUGUGGUCCUCAUUAUGCAAUUACUGAUUCACGAAAAUCCCAAUUAAUGAAACUGUUACCUAUAAUUUCCCCGGUUCUGCUUGAUCAAUUAUCUCCGUUAAUAGAUUUAAAAUAUUGGCUUUGUCAAUUAUCUGUUUCAUCACAACCCGCGGCUCCACCUAAACCGAUUUUAUUAGAGACGAUUUUAGAGAUAAAGAAUAAAAUUUUAGCCCAAGGUGAACGAAAAUGGAAAAAAAUUGCUAAACAACAACUUCCAAUUGUUUUUUGCACCGACCAAAAAACUUUAAUGGAAAUUGCGCAAGGACUUACAGAAGCUUAUAAUUUGGAUUUAAUUGAAAAGUUAGAUGAUGACAAAGCAAGGACAUGCGAGAAAUGUGGUAAUUCUGCUAUACAACGUUGUUCAAAGUGUAAAAGUGUUUGGUAUUGUGGAAAACAAUGUCAAGUUGAUGAUUGGAGUAAGCAUAAGGUUCAUUGUAUUGAAGCAACCACUUAAGUCGAGGCUAAAUUAAAAUUUAAUUUGCCAGUUUUUAUAAUAAAGUUGAAUUUUUUUGUAUUGUAAACAUA